AGCAAAGUUGCAGUUCCAAUUAGUUUGCAGUUUUGACAUUUCGACGAAACUUUUCUAAAAGUUCGAUGAUCGUAGCUUGCCGAAUCGAAAUUCCCUUCUGAUCCUUGAAAAGGUCGAUAAGACAAACAUUACCUAUUUUAAUUAUGAGGCUUCAUCUGUUUAUCAUUAUAAUUUAUGUCUAUAAAUCUUUUUCUCUUCCUCAUUUCAGCCGUGAUCAAAAUGAAACUGAGAUCAACAACUCAGCCUUAUCUUCGAACGUUACCAGUAAGAGAGUCCCCUUGGUUUCCACAAUAAUCAAUGGGAUACCCUCUCCCCCUCAUUCGAGGCCAUUCUAUGUGCGAGUGAGCAGAAUAUUCAACCAUUAUUAUGGAUCGUAUUACUGCGGAGGUACCAUAAUAGCCCCCCAGUGGGUUAUAACUGCCGCCCAUUGCGUAGCAGGAUUACCAGCCCAUGAUCUCCAAAUAGAGGUGGGCGACUUUACAAUGACAGGAAGUAAAAAACAUCGCUUCAUCGGAACUUCUCUUCAUGUGCCACAAGACUUCAGUUGCAAAGUGUACCCUUGUCUGAGUGACUUGGCCCUCAUAUCUCUGAGUGGGAUGGUGAUGGAGUACCAGCGGGUGUUGCGGCCCUGUGCUUCUCUCAGAUACAACCAGUUCGACGGGUUCAUAGGGGCAUCCGGAAUGGGCACUGUGUCCAACACCCACACUGGACAUACACCUCCCUCUCUUCUCGAUAUGUUUUUCCAAGAAGCCGAUUUUGUUAGCAUUGGUCCUAACGACAUGCGCAAGUGCAGGGAGGACUUGAUUUGUGGCUCCCCCCUAAUAGACGGAGGUAGUGUGUUCACCCAGGACGAUGGGGGUCCUCUCUUCAAGGCCUACUGUGGCACAUCCUCUCCCGAGUGUCUCUUCGGAAUCGUUACUGGGGCCGAACGACGGCCAGGGGUCGGUAGGCACGAUCACUUGACGCCCAGAGAAAGUAAUGUUUUCUGUUCGGAGUCUGUGAGCUACUUCACCAGGGUGUCCAGCUACUACCACUGGAUAUCCUAUAUUAUCAACACACACACCCCCAACACUCCCACUCAGUAUCAAAGACAAGGUCAACGUCAAGGACAAGGUCAGGGUGGACACCAUGGCCAUGAAAAAGAUUUGUAUGUUAAUUGAGGAUACGCCAACAGCAUGGAUGACAGAAAACCGAAAGUAAGACAGAGCUUGCAAUAUGUUUGUGACUCUCGUCUGAAUGAAAUGAACGAGCAACCUGUUUAUGAGUGUGAAACAUUUUUAUUUGACUGGAAUUUUUCGUCAAAUUUUGAAGUAU